GAAAGUGUAUUCAACACUCGAAAGUCGACAAUUCACUUCGUGGCUGCUGCUUGUUUUUUCUUCUGCCUCCUGUGAGCUCGAUCGUGAACUCGAUUCGAUGUCUGUUCAGUUGAAAGCCUGUCGUCGUUGUAAUCGCAUGUGUUUUUAAUAUGUAUAGCAUUUUUUGAUUUUUUUUUCUGUUUUUUCCCUUUUAUCUCACUCUCUUCGAAUUUGUUGAUUUUUUUUUUGUUAAAAUUUCUAAGGAAUUUUUAAUUGAACGACAAAUUUUUUUAUAAUCAACGACACUUUCUAUUUCUGAGAAACUUUGAUUCAUUUUUUUCGAGAUUUAUAUCGACUGAAUUUACAUGUUUUUUUUUUCAAUGUGAUCAUAUCAAGAUUGGAGUAAGGACAUCUUGAAGUCAAUGUGACCGAAGGACAUACUGAAUGGAAAAUAGUGCAUAAAUCAAGUGGAAGAAAGAUUAAAAAAAAAAAAAAUUAAAAGUGACUCGAAAAUUGUUUUCGUCAAUAAUUUGGGCUUUAUGAUUAUUAUUUGAUUUUUUUUUUUUCGAUAAAGUGACUAUAAAUUGAAGUGCCUUGAUGACGUUACACGAAAAUUACCCAAAACGACAAUCAGGAAGAACGAAAACAAUUCAAAGACACUCUAGCUGAAGGGGACACAAUUUAAAAUCAGACGUAAAUUUGUAUUUAUAAAGAUAAAUGAUUCAGUGAUGAAGUUGCUGGAAUAAACACAGAUGCAGAGAGAGAGAGAGUGAGAGAUAGACAAAAAAACGAAACGAAAAAGGAAGAACAAACACGAAUAAUACGAAGAACGUAAUAAUUGUGACUGUUUUUUAGUGGCCGAUUGGUUCGGCAGUAUUUUGUUUUCGUUUCAUAUGGUUAUUGAUUGAAUAACAAGAUACUUUUGUGGUAUUCAUUUGUUUUUUUUUUUGCUCGUUUAAAUCGCAUUACAAUAAAGGAUCCGAAAGCUGUUUUUGUUGUUGUUUGACCGAAUGAAAUUCGAUAUUGGUAAACACAACUAAAAUUGAGAACAACCACAUACGUUAGAAUAUCUAUGACAAAUCAACAAUAAUUCUACCGUAAGUCAAAUAUUACGCCAACCAAACGAAAGACGAGAGCAGAAAAAAAAAUCCCUUUGACUGAGUAAUUUUUCCGCGAUGAUAUCAUAUGUCAAUCGAUCGACUGUUGCAAAAACACACACUUGAACGGGAAUACAUUGCAGGAAAAGCAACAAAAGGAAUUUGACAAAACAACAAACACACAAAGAGAGGCAACGGCACAAAUAUACAAAGCAAAUUACACGCGCAAGUGCUCAAGAGAAUUUCAAAUAGACAAUAUAAAGUUGACGGGUGAAUCCAGAAACACGGUGUAAAAACAUUCUAAUUCGAACAACGGAUCGAAAAUAGAAGAAGAAAGAGCGUCGCUUCCAUCCAAUAGGAGAAGAGACAAGGCUUAGCAAGUGCUCAUGUGAUGCGGUAUGUCGUACAGCCUGGAACAUGGAUGUGAUCAGUAGCGGCAUCGAGACCAACCAAAAUAGAGUGAACAACACGAAUUGCCGAAAAAUCCCAUACACGAACUGAAAUUGUACACGGUGAGUGGCUUUUGACUUCUUCUUCUUCUUCUUCGUUUUGUUGUUGCUGCUGUUUUUUUCUCCUUCUUUUUUCAAACGCCAAUUCGAACAUCAUACAAUUCAACACUUGCACGUAGCUACAUAUUCCAUUCGUUUAUUCACACAGAGAUUCAUAGAUUUGACUCAAUAAAGUCACAUAGUAUUAGUCAUCGAAGCUUCUCGCUUCGGCUGUUUCUUUUUACGUUUGUUUUUCGUUUUAUCAUAUAUUGAAGUUGUUGUUGUUUUUUUUUUCUUCGUUCGCCCUGCCGAUCCGCGUUCUGAAGUAGCACACUCACACAGGACUGAAUGUGUGAAACUCCAGCACAGAAUGAAUUUAAAAAAGUUAAAUAAUAUAAUGACCAAAAUAAGCUAUAUAUAUAUAUAUAUAGCUAUAUCGAGAAUACCGGGACUGAGUAGAAAUCUGAUUAUGUAACCAGGUUCGUUCGAAGGAAUAAAUUGCAUUCCGUUUUUUUUUCGCGCGAGUGUUCUGACAGCUUUAUAGAUAUUGUUAUACACGUGCAUUUUAUACGUGUAUAUAUUUAAUUCGAAUGGUGAAGCACUUAAGCGCAUAUAAAAAGAGAGUCAGCCGUAUAUCAAACGGGAAGAUAAUAUACGAAACGGUCGAGAGACAAUGAAGAAGAAGAAGAACAAACAAAUGUAAAGUGGCAAUUCCAGUUGUUCGUUGAAUACUAAACAAAUUUUGUUGAUCGGUGUCGAUGCUUUCGAUCGAUAAUUUUGCCCGUUUUCUAUUCUUCGCCAUAAUUUGGAUAUGCAAUUGGAUUCAGUUAUUAUAUUUCAAUUAAAAGCGUCGACCGUUUUCUUUUCGGAUGGGGACACGGGGUGGGAGAAAGGGAAAUUACAAAGUUCAUGAUGGGAAUAUUUAGUUAGCACAUUAUCGCAUUGGUCUCAAUACAUCAGACUACAAUUGUAUUUCUUUUCAUUCACUGAUUUUAAUAUUAUCGUUGCAAAAUCGGCUUAACCGUCACAUUUUAAUUGGAAUAUCAUUUUGAUUUUGCCAUUUCCUUUUUUAUUUCGUUUCGUUUCAUUCCUUCUCUCCUUUCACAAAAUCCAAAGAAAAAAAAAACAUUUCAAUUUGAAUACUUCAUUUGCACAGCCGAAAAAUUAAAACUGUACGUAACGCAGAGAGAAUUAGCCGAUAAAACAACGUACAAGGAAAUACAAGAAAAUAAACAUUAUUUUUUAAUGUAGCUAGCGGAUUUUGCAUUGUGCAUCGUCUUGCAAAUGAACGACUGAAAGAAAGAAGAAAAAAGUGUUGCAAUCCAAAGACGUGGCACUUUUUGGUAGAGCGUUUUGUUUGUGCGCGCUCGUUUUUGUUUCUUCAUUUCAUUCUUCUUGUCCAUUCCUUCCUUUUGUACUCAUUUAGCCGAUUAUUUGGUUGCUCUGCUAAACCAAAGAAGAAAAAAAACCCGCCGUACCUUGAACAAUUUUCGGUGUGUGUUUGUUUUUGUCAGAAAUGUUUUUGAUUUCAAACAUUUUCAACAUUAAAAAAGUAAGUGCACUUUUUCCGUAUAAAAAUGCAGUGUGCAUGUGCAUGCAUGUAGUUGAGAUGGUGUAAAACCACGAUUUUCUGUGUGAGCGUAAAUCGUUUUUCGCUUUUUUCUCCUCCAUGAAUGCAAUAAUUUUAGAGACGAAAGUGCUGAGCAAGCAACUUUUUUAUUUAUGCGCUUCGUUCUAUGUAAUUUGUGUGGUUAUUUAUACAUUUCAAAGUAUAUCCUCGAAUGCGCUAUUGUUUUCAUACUUGGGCACUUCCUUGAGAUUGACACGUCAACCCUUUUCUUCAUUUUCUUUCAUCGUAAUCACUAUUAUUUUGUUGAAUAAACAAAUUGCGAUAAUUGACAAAACUUUCAAAUUGCCAUACGGCUUCGAUAGGCAUUGUGUAUUCUACAGCAAACCAAAGUAAGCAACCAACCGACCGACCGACCAACCAGUCACACCAUAUUAUCGCUAACUGUUCCUUUUGGCCGAAUCGAGAACGGGCUAUCUUGUUUGUAGUUCAUUUCAGAAAAUCAUUUUCAAUUUAACCGUUACACACUCACAAAGCGAAAGCCAAGAUACGAUGAUAUGAACCGAAACCGUGUUAUUUUUAUGUCGCUACUUGAUUGUCAGCCACAGAAAUUUAUGAUCAUUUUGCUAAAGGUAAACAAUUCCAUGGCAUUCCUUCCACGGAACAUUAUCACACAAUUUCACAGACAUUUUCUGUGUAAACAUUCAGCUACACAACAGUGAGCUCAAAAUAUUUUGAUUAAUAAAAAGCGACGAACACAGAAGAAAGAAAAAAAAAAUACCCGAAUUAAUGUCGCAGAAAGUGUUUAGCCCAAAUAAAAAUUGAGUACAUGCUGAAAUUCAUAGUUCAGUGAAGGAUGUUAUGCACAUCGCAUGCAUUGUAUAUUAUGUCGACCGACAAUGUAGCAAACUUUGACGUGCGCAAAAAAUAAAGCAGAAAAGGUAACGAAAAAAAAACAAUCAGAAAUAACUAUCAACACAUCAUCGAAAGACAUAUGAAAAGCAUGCUGGAAAAAUGAACGAAAAAAAUAAUGUUUUCUUCGUUUUUAUUAAUAAAAAUAUGCUGAGAGUGUACGGUACUUGCAGUCAUUCACCUUGAUGAAUAUAUAUAUAUUUCUUUUAUUAUUCACAUUUCUUUCUCUCUCUCUCUUUCUCUUUCACGCUUUGUAUCUGAUUUGUCGCAAUUGCUCCACUCGCUUUCCACAUACAUAUACACAUAUAUUUACUUUUUCUGUGUUCGUAUUUUAUUAUUAUUCUACGGUUUAUUUUAUAAAAAUAACACUUUUUUUCCAUUUCGAUCAUAGAGUUUGUCCAUGUAUUUCCAUUUCUUUUCAAAUGGUGUUGGAUAGCGCGCACGCCGCGUGAAUGUUGUUGAAUAGAGCGCGUUUUUCUUCGUCGUCAUCGCUCUCUUUCUGUGUUUGUUGUAACAAAUACGAAACACAGAUCAACAAAUGAACAAAAAAAAAAGGCCAAACGAAGAAGAAGAAGAAGGGGAAAAAAUACCAUCACUGGUAUUGUUUAGUUAGAGAGACGAGGUGGUAUGUGUGCUUAUAUGUAUGGUGUGGGGUGUGUGUGUGUCUGUGUAUAUCUUGGCUGGUCUUUGGAGCUACGUGCAUUUCAUGUGUACACGAUCGCUCGCACGCUCUCGUGGCAAUAGUUACAUUUCAUGUGACUUUUGUGUAUGGUUCAAUUAAAUACCUGUGCACACGGUGUACUUUUCUCUUUCUCGCUCGUUCGCGCUCUCACUCGGUCACUCCAGCAGCGUGCCGGAGAGCACCACAUACAUGUGUGUGGCAAGACACAGGCUGCACACUGCCACACCGAAUAGCACAGUGUUUGUGUGUGAUUGUGUUUGAUUUUUAUGUCAUAUCACCGCCUUUGGUUGGCAUUCUAUGUGUAUUUGGUAUGCGCGUUCGUUGCCUGUAUGUGUUUUUCCAAUUUGUAACUUCGUUGUGUUAUUUUUUUUUCUUUUUCUUUUUCUUUUUCUCUUUUAACAUAAUAUAUGAGUUUUAUUUGAUAUUUCGUAAACGGAUCAUACGGCCAUUGAACUUUUUUUUUUCGUUUCUUCAACAUUAUUUCAUUUCUCCGCAUACAAUUCGUGAUUACAUAGGUCCAACGUAUUUGAAACUCGGCAGGGUUUUCUACAUACUAUAUAUUAUACUUUUUUUCUGUCUCUCGCUUCGUGCUUCCAAAUUGAAAUGAUCGCUUGCGCGCAUACACAAAACCAAAUUGGAUAUAUUUUUUUUUCUUCAUUAAAACAAUACGUGAAAUCGUUUCUUUUUUGUUAUUUGGUCCCUUUUUAUUUGGUUUUUUGAUUGUUGACUUGUUCGCCGUUGUCGUCAUCGUCAUUGUUGCCGCCUCGGGUAUAAGUGCCCGUGCUCAUUUCACUUUUUUCAUCAUUGUUUAUCACCAUAUACACCAUAUUUUUUUUUAUCUUAUCAACGAUUCCAUGAAACCGAAUAGGAUCAUACAAUCUGUGUGUAUGCAUUAUUUAAUAUCUUCGGGGCCCCCGAAGUGAGACGCAGAGAGAAAAAAAGGAAUAAAGCGUUCGGAAAGCAAACAAAAGGCGCACACAAUCAGUUUUUCUUCAGUGGAUUUUUCAACUUGUUUUUAUUUGACUUUUGCGCUUUUUCUUUAUCUCCUUCUCGGUCACUCGCUCUUGCUGCCUCUUUAUCGUUCGUUAUGUUCAACGUGAACGGGUGAACGAGGGAAAGGAGUGAAGACACACUGAGCACAAACAGGGAGUGGAUCGUAUGUUCACCGAGCUCUCACUUAAUGCAUGGUUGAGAGAACGCAUUUUACGAGAGUUUUGUGUAUAUUUUUUACAAUUGGUAGCAUCGCUUGGUUGAAAUUUGAAAGGAAAUGAAUAUCCGCGUACGCGAUACUUUGUCAGAUUGUGUUUUUGGUGCCUUUCGUUAUUUUUAGCAUUGAUCAUCGGCAUCGGCAUGGGUUGCGUGUAUAAAAUGAGAGUGAAACUGAAAGAAAAUGAUAUUCAACAUUGAAACAGUCGUAUGCUCCUUUUGCCACCAUCAUUAAGUGCCUUUUGUACACGUACACAAACAAAAAUAGUCUCUUUCUCUCCUCAUUCAUUUUUAUUUUUUUCUCGCUCUUACUUUGUUUAUUUUUCCUCCGAAUCCCGACACACCGAAACAAAUAUAGCACUAUCGUGCCCGAAGAAUUAAAACCCGAAAUGAAAUGAAAAAACUCACCACGCGAGCACACCAGCACAUACAUUCGCGUUCAUGUACGUGCACACACAUACAUGGCGAUCGCCAAGAGUUCCUUUUUCGUGGAUUUCGUCGAAUCAAAAAGAAGAGAUACGAAAAGUGGAUCUAUAAAUAAAUGAAUCGCAGGAAUGCGCUGUCGAAUUCCUCUUUUAUGCUGUCCAUGUUGAACAUACAUAUAUUGAGCCACCACAUAAAAAAAUGUAUCGUAUUUUCAGCUCAAAUCACCCAAGCACAUCCUCUUAUGUGCUUCAAUCCUUGCCACGGCUAUUUAAAUCAAGACGAACCGAAAAUCAAGUUAUUGCCCGAAACGACCGAUCUCUCAACAGCGUCGUUCACCGCAGUCAAGUAAACGAUAUUUAUCCCCAACCGUGAUGCGACAUGUACAACGGAGCUACACCCUAAUAUAACCAUAUCAAUGCAAGCACUUGAUCGCUGCUCUUAUACAACUCUCUCUCUUUUUUCUCUGUUGUUCGCUCUUCCUCUCAUUUCAUUCUCUUCAUUGUUUUCGCGUUUGGGUUUUUUCCUUUUCAUCUUAUUUUUCGCUAUUUUGCUACAUUGCGUGCUCAGAAAAAAUCAAAUCGUGCCGAAUAAAUACUGCGCAAAUAGCGAUUCGGGUAGGACUCGUGUUAGGCUCGCUGCCGCUCCAUUGUUGAAAUGGUGACUAAACAUGCCUUUGUUUUGUCUAUCGAAAUUUUACUUGAAUAUUUCGUAAAAACAUGUGUACACUGUACAGUAACAAUUGAAAUUUAUCAGAAAAAGAUAAAAAGCAAACAAAGCCCGAUUCGUCAUUCGUUUGUGGAAUAUGUACAUCCAAAAGAUGUCAUUUCCAGUGUUUUCGUUUCUUCUUUCUCGUUCAACUUUCGUUGCUUGUGAUCAGAGAUUUCAUUCCCAUUGACAAUACAAAUGAUCCAUUCUCUGCAAGGAAAUCAUUAUGGAAAUAUUGAAUAAAAGUGAACGAAUUUGAAUGCAGACGGCAUGUAAAAUUCGGUCAAAAUAUCCCCUUCCUAAUUGAAUUUCAUUGUUGAAAAAAUAAUCUUCGAGUCUUUGUAACUCAUCAUUACGUUUCAAUGUUGAAGCAACAAACAACAAUAGACACACAGCAAAUGAAACUCAUCACUUUUACAUCGUAAUCUGUUUUUCGCUUCGUUUUACAUGAAACGUAUACAUUUCACAUAGACUGUCGAUUGUCGAUCAAACUAGCGCACGGCAUUACCUUGCGCACGUAUUAUGGUGGCAUCAACUAGAAAUCGUUCGCCUGUUGCACUCUUUUUUUUUUAUUCAUUUCGUUGCAGCCAACCAACGAAUGAACAAACGAACCGACUUGGGCUUAGUGUGAAUAUAUCCACAAAGAGUUUGUAAUUUUUGUGCGCGCCGCUGUUUCGCCCCGAACAUGCAUUGUAAUGUGCUGAAUAGUCGCUAGCAAUCUGUGUGUGACAAACCUUUCUAUGUGCCUUAUGCACAUACACAGAGAGAGAGCAGAGUGGCUAUGGUUUACCAUUUGUUUAUAAUGGAUUAGCCUACUUCCUUCGUCAGUCGCUCACUGCCCAGUGACCGGACAAUAAAAAUACUACUAAUAUUUAACUAUUUUAUGAGAAUUUUAACUACGCUUUCCAAAUCGUUUGCUCCGUUCAAUGCAAGCGACCAUCCACAUAGAGAGAGAGCGAGCAAGCGAGCGCAGAAAAAAAAACACUCAUCAUACAAUUACUAGAUUUCCUGUCGAUGCGAGUCCAUAGCAAGAGUAGUAUGAGUUAGUCGCCACUAAAAGGCUAUAAAUUAACUCAUACACAAGCGAUAUGAUUUUUUUUGCCCAUUUUGCGCUUCAACACACACACACAUACUCAGGCACGAUCCAGCAAUAUUGAUUCUGUGUGUACGUGGGUUGCUAUAUUACUUUUUUCCUCCGUUCCAGCGUUCGCUUUUAUGUGAUCACUAGUUCAGCUUCUGUAUACGGAGUUUUUUCUCUCUGUUGCGAGCAAAAAAAAAAAAAACAAGGAAUAUACAAUUCGAUGAACAAAAACUGACGAGAAGAAAACAGAAAAAAAAACACAUUCAAAAAUGCCACUAAAGCCGAUAUUGUUUUUGCGUUUUAACACCACCGCAAACACCGUAUUGACCAUCGCGCACAUCGCCUCUGGAUGAUUGCGAAAAAUUUUCCAAAGUGGUUUUUAUAUACGUAUAUAUCGUUGUUAUUUGCUAUAUGUUUCGCUUUCGAGAGAUGUGGGUUGCAAAAAUGAAGAUCAACUUGAAAUCAUUUUUAUUAUACACUGAAUUCUGCUUUUUCGCAACGAACGAUCGACACACGCUUUAACAUGACUUGAUUUAAUCAUCCUGUCGACAUAUACAUUUUGCCCGCGAUACCAACACACACCAACAACAACAAUAUCAAAUCGAAUCCUACCUACUCACAAGGAAACCCAUAAUCUUAACUCAUUUGAAUUGCUUAUUCUAAAGAAAUAAAUGUUAUGGCUAUCGCAGCGAAAGGACAGCAUGGUAUUCUUUUCUUCUGUCAUGCCUACAAUAAUGAAUCAUUGAGACAAUAAUGCAGAAAAAUCAUUGAAUUCGAAUGAAAGGCAUCCGUCAUUAAAUAAACUCAACUCUAUAAAAGCAACGGGAUUUCAUUUCAUUCGAAACACAAUGAAAAUUUCUCGAGAACGCGACCGUACACCAUACAUACAAAUUAGCUUCGUCGUUUUUACUGUUGUUGUUGCUGGUGCUGUGUGUGUUACGAGGCUUCUAUUGUUGUGAAACAUUCUAAUAGUCAAAAAGUUUAAAGUUACAGCAAAUGCGGGUUGCAUACGGACGGUUCACAUUCGUUUGUAUAAUUUAAUCUUUUGCGUGGAUGUGUCAUUUUGAUUGAGUGCGCGCAUACAUAUAUAUUCAAUGUACACACAGCAAAGAGAAGUUCAGCCGAGUUGAAUUAGAUUUGGGACAAAAAACCACACCCUUGAUACGGCGUAUCUGUGUGUAUCCGUCGCUGUCAUGCAUCGGAAUUGGUGUGCCACAAAUGUUAGAAGGAGAUGAAAUGAAUCAUUUACAAUUUUGGUUAACUUCGAAAGAUGCUUGAAAAGAGACGAAGAAAAAUGUGUGCAAAAUACCGUCUAACAGUUGACUCGUUCCUUCUAAUAUUUGCCUAAAGAAAAAAAAAGAGCAACGAAGCAAAACAGAGAAAUAUAAACUUCAGCACGGUGUUGUAGUCGAUCGCGGUAGCAACAUCGUCGUCGUUGUCGUGGUCGUCGCAAGCGAAUUAGCAACGCAUCGCCAAAGGAAAAGAUAAAAUAAGAAAUACGCGAUCGCUUAACGGAGGGGUCGAUUGUUUUUCUUACAACGCAACAAUGGAAAUAGGCAUCCAAAGUGGAUACAGUCAAACUUAAAGAGAAAGAAAAAAAACACAAAACGAAUAUACCGAAACCACACGAUUGAAUCAAGCAGAAUAUGCACGAAACGAAAUCAACAACAGCACACAAAGGCUCGGCAUAGAGUGUCACAAGCAGCGAUACGAAAUUCCGGCACAAGGGAGAGGGAAUUAUUUAAAUGCAAACACAAAAAGACGUACGCUUUUGCCAAUAUCCAUAAAGAAUCUCUAACCCCAUUUGCGCGAAAAACUCAAAACGAACGCUACAAACCAACACAGCAUCGACACUGCGUCGAUUUCUCUCUCUCCCUCUCCCUCUCCCUCUCUCAACCGUUCGCGCGAUAGCUUUGCGCGUUGUCGCUUCUCACCGCAAUCGCAAUAUACUUAUACAAUCGCAAACGUAAUUAAAUCACACAAAUUCCGAACGAAGCAGCUUAGCUCCUUUUUCGAUUCUCUUCUUUACUCCUCUCCAUGCUUCGUUGUGCAGCGGUGGCGGCGUUUACCGAAUGAGAGAAAGAGCAAACGGCCACCGUCGAUUUGCUGUUUUUCAUUUGUUUUAUUCAUCCGAAGCCCGAUUCGGUGUUUGUGUGUUGCGUUGUAUGUGUGUGUGUGUGUGUGUGCCAUUUAUACUUGUUGCGCUUUGAAAUCCAACCGAGUAAAUCAGUUAUACGGCAACGUAGUUCGCGUAAAGUUCGAUUUUUCGUUUCGGAAUUAUUACGAGUGUAACGCGCGCGCGCGUAGUCGAUUGCUGUGUGGUGUUCCAUUUUGCGCGAGAGUGAAACGAAUAUGUCGAUGAGUAAUUUGCAAUUACACUCCAUACUAUCUCCAUCCUGUCGAUGUGUUAGUGUAAAUUCCAUUCAUUUGUUUGAUUGUUUGUUAGCUAUGUUUUUAAAAAUGAUAUUCAUCCAUUAAUAAUAUUGUUUUGGUUGAUGUUGUUCAUUUACAAGAAGAAAAUACAUUGUUUUUUGGUGCGCUUUACAUUGUUCAUUACCUAAUAGUUGAGUAAAUGUGAGCUUCGAUCGAAUUAUGUGAACGAAAUCAGCGAAAAAAGUACGAAAAAAAAAUCCGCAAGCGAUUGUAUAAAUUCCGAUGAAAUGGUGUCUCUGUGUGUGUUGACGGCAUAUAACUCGUUCGAAAAAAAAAAACUCCUUUUCAAGGAGUGCUGUGAGCUCCAAACAUGGCGUCGAAUUUGAGAUCACACAGUGACGGUGUUGUCGUUGUCGUCGUUAGAAGAGUGCCCGUUGAUACGAUGUGUCAGUGUAUGCGAGUGAGUGAGUGGUGGCAAAAAAAAGUGAUUUUUGUCGUGUUUGCCGUUUCUACGGCUAUCCGGUUUCGCUUCGGUUUGCCUCGACAAAAAAAUAUCGCUCGACGAUGACGAUGUUGUGCGUAACAACGAAGGAUUUAUAAUUGGAAUCUCCACCAGGCUAUUUGCAAGUCAUUAUGCUUAAUGAUUUUUUUUUUGUCUUUCGUUGCUGUCGCUGAUGUACAAAAUCACUGGCUUGGUCAAAAUCACACCACACCAUAUCCUUUCAUAUAAAAAUACAGACCGAUUUGCAGAUAAAUAAUAAUGCUGAUUACAAAGGGAAUCCACAAUUAUCAUUUGUGAAACGAGAAAAAGACCCGUCUUCGUGUGGCGACACCUUGAAUCAUCACCGUUUUUGUCUCAUUCAUUUUCAAAUAUUUGGAAUAUUAAUGAGUAACAGCGGUGGCCGACUUUGCAGUAUUCAAUACAUAGUCCUGUCUCGUGUCUAUAGGAAAUGAACGUGUUCGUUACUGCUAUGGUCGUCGUCUUCGCCGCCGUUUGCAUUGUUUCAGUUUCACAGAUUGUGUUGCAUUCACUAAAUUACGGUUAACUCAAGAGAUUUGUGAAAUGUUAAUUACACUGAUGGUGCUUGCAAGUGUGUUGAGUCGGUCGGGCGAUAAAAAUCCCAUUUUCUCUUUUUGGUUGCUAUUUGCUAUCGGGUUGUAGAAAUUAGGCACAACAAUUUUAGGUGUUCCUUUUUGGUGUGUUUUCGGUGUGAGGAAGAAUAAACAAAUGAAAAAAAAAAUGGAAGAAAGAAAGAAAGACGAAACAAAAAGGUAUCGAUAACGAUAAUGGCACACUUCAGCCUCACAUAUUCCGUUCAUACGAUAUUUACGAGUAGCCAGCCAGCCAGCCAGUCAGUCAGCUAGUCAAUAUAAAGUCAUAGUGUAAUAUUGUGUCGAGUUUAUCGGUCCGGUCAGUGUGUAACAGUUCUUUUAAUGUGUUGCUAAUGACGACGGUCAUACGACAAGGAACUAAAACGCUUUGGUUUGACGGAAAAAGGAAGAGACAACACAGUUUUUAGUAUUUCUCUCUUGAAUUUUUCCUGACACCGAAUUGACUUUGUCACCAAUACGAGAUGAGGUGGUUAGUUUCGAUCUGACAUUCGUCCUAGCCACAUCGAAAAGCAUUUCAAGAUUGCUUUUUUUUCAUUUUAUUUUGAGUUUAACCAAUUUCCAAAUAAUUUGUGUGUUUCAUUGAAACCACUUGCAGUUGCAAUUUGAAUAGAUUUGCGAAUUAGAGAGGAGCUAAACGAAAGUGAAAAAAACAGCAAAUUACCGAGAAAAAGACAAAGCGCAGAAAUUUUCCGAAACAAGUGGAGUGUAACGAAUAAUCUGACUAAGGAAUCUAAUUUGUUUUUCCUUCAAAAAUCCCCACGUUGAAACUCCCAUAUACACACACAGACAAAAUGGCAUCACAACGAUUUUGUUUACGUUGGAACAACCAUCAAACCAAUUUAUUAUCAGUAUUCGAUCAACUAUUACACGCCGAAACAUUCACUGAUGUUACUUUGGCGGUUGAAGGACAGUAUUUGAAAGCACACAAGAUGGUAUUAUCAGCUUGCAGUCCAUAUUUCCAAGCAUUAUUCAUCAAUCAUCCCGAAAAGCAUCCAAUCGUCAUAUUAAAAGACAUAACAUUUGCCGACAUGAAGAGUUUGCUCGACUUCAUGUAUCGUGGCGAAGUGUCUGUGGAUCAGGAUCGCCUAACAGCAUUUUUACGCGUUGCCGAGAGCCUGCGCAUCAAAGGUUUGACCGAGGUGAACGAUGAUAAACCGGAAAAAUCCGAAACGCCCGCCCCACAAACACAGCCAUCGUCACAAACGGUGGCGGCUCAACCACCGCAAUUGAACCGUAUCCAACAACCAUACACACAGCAACAGAAAGUGCAGGGGAUGAUGUUGACAAAUCCAUUGUUAGGCUCAGCUCUCACCCAACCAAAACGGAAGCGUGGCCGACCUCGAAAGCUAUCCGGCAGCUCAAAUGGAAACGAUUUCGAUGACUACGAAUCCAGCGACAAUAUCAUUCAGGGUUCGCCUGAAUUACUCGAAGUUAAAAUGGGCACAGACGGAUAUUCAGAUGGUUCGGAUGAGAACAACAGAGAUAUUGACAAUGAAAAUUCAGUAGAGGAACCCAUGGACACCACGGAGCCAAUGAAAUCGGACACGCCACAGCCAUCAGCGAAAGAGCCAAGCCCACAAAAAGAGCAAGCCGACAACAACAUUGCAGACGAUGCGUCCAAUGCAUCCGAAGUGCAGGACAUGACUUACAUGGAACCACAGCUAAUGCUUGACGAAUAUGACGAUCCCGUUGAGUUUAAGUAUAAUCCAGACUCAGAUUCGGCACCAAGUUCAAUGUCGGCCACACAGGAUUCGACGACUGUGACCAAUGUCGUUCCGCCAAUGAUUCAAAUGCCAAAAUUGGCACCAAUCCAACAUAUGCUACCAAACAAACCGCUACCAAAGCUAACAAGACGUCCAAAAUUGAAGCAAAACGGUGUCAAAACACCGGAACAAACAUCAACUACCAUUCAAGCCACCAUCGGUGCACUCCAACUGAACCCAUUUGCUGGCAUCAAUAACAAUGAUUUCAUUGACAUAUUGGCCAAUAAUUUCACGGCAAACGCAAUUAAAGCCAGCUCAACACCGAUGAAAGGUGUAAAGAGCAGCGAACGCCUCGCCAAAAAUAACAAUGGCACACAGGCAAGUAACAAUAAUUCGGCCACCGUAACGAUCACAAACACCGCUUCGCCGACCAUUGGCGAGAAUAAUAACUUGAAAAUUGAGCGACAAAAUGCGGGCAAUCGAUCCAGCAAAUAUAUCAUUGACGAUACACAAGGUUCAGUUCGAGACUUUUGUACCAAAGAAGGUGAUCACACGUAUCGAUGCAAAGUGUGCUCACGCGUUUACACGCACAUCAGUAACUUCUGCCGUCACUAUGUCACCUCGCAUAAGCGCAACGUCAAAGUCUACCCUUGCCCAUACUGUUUCAAAGAAUUCACGCGCAAGGAUAACAUGACGGCGCACGUCAAAAUCAUCCAUAAAAUCGAAUCAUCGGCAGCUGCUGCAGCCGUCAAUAAGCUCGAGACAACGGCGCAAAUAGCGCUUUCGGCAACUCCACAAUGAACGAAAUACCACCACCACCACCACCACCACCACCACCACCGUUGUGUUACAACUUGAAUAUUUAGACAUUUUUACGGCAAACUUACUGAUGAUGUUGCGAUGACGGGUAAACACGACGCGCCUCGUGUUUUAUUAAUUUUUUUUUUAUUAAUUAUUAGCUACUUCUCUUGCGUCUAUUCCAUCAAACAUUUGCGGCGAAUAGAUCGAAUCAAUGGGAAUAGAUGCUCUAAUUUAAGCCUUAAUUCUUUUCAAAAGAGACAUCAAUUAGGGAAAUAUUUGUAGUUGAAUUUGCUUGCAAAUAAACACAACACAACUGAUUUUCGAAUCACACGUGAAAAAAAAGACAGAAAUUUCGUAAAUGCAUUCGCUGUGCAUUUUCAAUAUAUGUAAAUACUUUCAUCAUUCUUUAUGCUAUUUUUUUUACAAAUCUAACAUUGAAAAGAAAAGCAGCAAAAACGAAACCCUUAAAUUGUAAAAUGGUUCGGAUUUUGUAUGUUUUACAAACACACAUACCGAACAUGAAACAGAAAACAAAUCGUAGAUUCUUCCAUGGUUAUAGUUUGUAAAUCGAAUUGGAUAGCUGACGAUCAAAAAAGUCACUUCCGACGUUGAAUUAGUUGGUAAAGACAAUUCAUUCGAUCGUUCGUACGAAUUGUGCAACCUAAUUUCUAACUUAUAAUUAAUUUAUUUUGUAUUUAGCAAACAAUUCAAUUCUAAGCUUCUUUUUUCCAUUUAAAAUUUCUUUUUUUUUUAAAUCUUUUAUCUAUCGCGAGUUUUUCCUUUUUUCAUUUGUAAACUUUGACAGUUUACUGAUAUACUUUGACCGAGAGUCCUCUGAUCCCAUAGGGAACAUACCCACGAUAUGAAGGCAAUUCGGAAAAGCUUGGACUAGGAAUUAAUUAAUUUUUUUAGCAAAAUAAACAAAACACACAAACAAAAAUCAUGCAUUUGAAAACGCAAUUGAUCAUUCCUUAAAAUUUUAAGUUGGCAAAACAAGAAAUAAGUAUUUUUUUUCUCUUCUCUCUCAUCAAACAAUCAUUGGUAGAUCUUGUAAAAUAUAUGGUUAAAAUUAAAACGAAAAAAAAAAACAAAUUGAUGGGAGCUGAACUUAGCAUAAUAAUUUGUUUUUUAUGAGAGAACAAAAAGAAGUAAAUCAAAAAGUGGCCUUUAGAAAGAAAGAAAUAACGGAAAUUCCAAUCUUAAAACGCAAUUUAACAUAUUUUAUAAAUUAUUACCUGUUUUCGAGACUUAUUUUUAAAUAACAAAAUGUUUACCUGAAAACCUAAUUUGUAUUAUAAAGAAGAAAGAAAAAUGCAAAAUGAUUCUUAAAUUUAAAGUCUGAAUGGAAAACAAAAAUGAAAAAAAAAAAAUCAUGAAAAAACAACAAGUUUAUCGAUCGGGACAAUAUAGCAAAAUAUUAUGGUAGACACAUAAGAAUGAAGCAAAACAAUGCAAUUUUUAUGUUUAUUUGCAAAAAACGCCAACAUAACCCCCCCCCCAUUUCUUUUUUAAUUUAAAUUAUUUAUUCGUCUUUGUGAAUUGGAAAUAUACAAAUGAACCAAAUGAGAAUCAGCAAAUGAUUUAGAUAAAUUGAACGUUGCAAUAUUUUUCUCACACUCUCAUUUAUCAUAGCAAAUUACGAAAAGAAAUUUUUUUUUCAAAAAGUCAAAAGACUUGAUAGUAUUUGCAGUACAGAAUAUUGUGUAUAUAAAUUGUUCAGAGGAAUGGGACAAAAAGUGAAAAUAUCCAGGAGAUUGUAAAAAAAAAAAAAAUAUGUUUUACCAUUUUCGCGUUGAAAGCCUUUACUGAAUCCAAUAGACUUCUUCCACUGUGAAA